AUGCAAUCAACAAAAACGACACCAUCAAAGCCUGCCAAUCCUUUAAAAUCAUCUCCCAUAAAAACUAGCUCCAAUGCUACAUCAUCCACGAAAAAGAAAUCUGUAACCGAGGAUAAAUCUAAAUCUACUAAAUCAGCAACAAGUAAUACCCUAGACCCAAAAGAGAAGAAGAAAAAGAAGAAGAAGCCGACAGAAGAGAGCAGUAGCUUGGACUCGUCAGCCAAGGACAAAAAGAAGAAGAAGAAGGUUAAAAAAGUGGAAUCCUCAAAAGACGAUAUGGGCAAAAAGAAGGAAACUCGAAAGAAAAAGGCCGAGGCAGCUCCAGAAACGCAGGAGGAUAAGGCGAUACAACAGGCAGAGGCACUGAAAAAAGCAGCCUCUAAAAUGAAAAAGCCAGAGCUCGCCUCAAAUCCCAAUGCUGGUGGUAAUUCUGCCUUGAAAUUGAGACUAGAUCUUAACUUGGAUGUAGACAUCAAAUUGAAGGCAACGAUUCGAGGUUCUGUCAAAUUAACAUUACUAUAA